AUGGCUUCCAAUUCGACAGACGAGAAAGCUCCUUUAUUUUACAACUAUGAAGAUCCCACUUCGCUCGUCGCCUCCGUUUUGAUGCUUCUGGUGGGUCGAAUUUAGUCCGAUCCUCACACAAUGUCCAUUCAGAACGGAGUGUUCGGAGUGAUCUGCAACUCUUUGAUCGUUUACAUUUUUGUGAGCGAAACGAAAGAGAGGUCCUCGUUCAACGUGAUCUGUGUGUUCCGAGCCGUCAUCAACAUCUACAUCCUGCUCACGAAUCAUUUGUUUCUCUUCAUUCCCAUCACUCUCACGUACAUCAUUCUCCUCUUGUGACGUGGCAAUUCGCGUGUGUUCAGGGGAGUGCAAGUGUACAGUAAGACUCUGGAGACGUGGGCGAUUUGCAUGGCCAACUCGCUCUACAUAGCCAAUGAAUACAUGACGAUCGUGAUCGCCGUCAACCGCUUCGUCUCACUUUUCUUCCCGGUUCACUACUCGAUGAUAUUCGAGAUUAAGAAGACCUUGCUAGCAGUAUCUUUGGUUUAUGCGUACCGUAUCCUUGCGGUCACUAGAGAGAUUAUCAAUUACACCGGUAUUCAGGAAGCUCCCCUUUGAUUAUCCAUUAAAACCCUUUCAGCUCUGGGCUGUUCGGUCCUUUACUACGUGGAGUACCUAUCCUGGUUGCCCGAUUUCUCUCUGGAGUGUGAAAGUAACAGUGGAAUACUUCUGUUCAUGGCCAUCAACUUCACAAUUGUUUCCAUCUUCAAUAUGGCAACUUUCGGAAAAGUUUUCUCGUUUUACAGAGUGAGUAAGUUAAGGUUAACCGUAGUAUGUAUAAGGAUUCAUUUAAAACGACGUAUUUCAGCUGCAAGUAGAGUUAUCAGAAUGUGGUCUACUGAUAAAGUGUACAAAUGUUCAGUGAAUAUUUUGUCAGUUGUCAACUUCUUGAUAUCUCCAUUGGCAGCAGCGAUACAUCGUUUUCAAUGAUCGGUAUUGGGUGCCUUUCUAUAUGAUUUCGUGACAGAAUCAAAAGCGAGAAGGCCGAGAAUCCCGAAAACGAAUAAAGAAGAACGCGUACCUGUUCAUCCAAACUCUCAUGCAAGACUCUUUAUAUCUCAUCGACAUUUCCUUCACUUUCUACUUCUUCUCCUUCUUCGACAACCGUUUCUGGACGUUCUUCAGCGGCACUUUCGUCUGGGAAUCCCUUCAUUCUCUCGAUGGGUAACCCGCUCGGACCACUCUCAUCUUUUCCCUUUUUUCCCUUUUUCAGAUUCAUAAUGAUCAUGUUCAACGAACGUCUCUCGUUCCUCAAAAAGCAACUGUUCCAGCCACUCGCCUCCAAAGUUUCCUUCAUCCGUGUGUCGCAAGCGUCGACUGGUCCCCAUUCCAACAUCGAAAAAUGA